UGUGAGGCCGCCACAGUUCCAUGUUGCCCUCAAGUCCCCGCGGACGCACUCUUGGCUUUUGACUAACGUCUUCCGGCCACAAGCAGCAGAAGCGCACACGCUUGAAGGACGGAGGAGGAUUCAAAAAAAGAAAAAGUAAAUGAAGUUUAGUCCAAGUUUCCAAGUGGACUCUAUGUGGAAUUUGGAUCCUAUAGAAAAUAGUCCUGCAAAUGGCCUGCAGAUUAUAAAGAGAAACGAGUAAAAAAAAAAAAAAAAAAAAAUUCUCCAUCAUCCUUUUUCUCUGCUUGGAUUUAUAUAAAAUCUCAAUAAAUCGGAUACCAAGACCGAGAGAUGGAGGUGGCGGCGGAUCAGCCCCGCUGGAUGCACCACGCCGCGCUGAACGGCCAGCACCCGGACUCGCACCACCACAGCCUGGGCCACAACUACAUGGAGCCCUCGGCGCAGCUGCUGCCCCCGGACGAGGUGGACGUCUUCUUCAACCACCUGGACGCUCAGGGGAACCCGUACUACCACAACCCUGCCCGGGCCAGAGUCUACAGCCAGCCCCACGCUCGGCUGACGGGGACUCAGGUGUGCCGGCCUCACCUCAUCCACAGCCCGGGGAUCUCAUGGCUGGAUGGCGGCAAAGCUCUCCAUCACCACCACCAUCACCACAACGCGUGGGCCGUCAGCCCCUUCACCAAGCCGGGUCUCCACCACCCGGGCUCCGCGUCGCCCGGAGGCCUGUCGGCGGUCUACGCCUGCAACGGCGGCUCCAACGCGGCCUCCGCGCCUUCCCUCACGCCGCCCUCCCACGCCAGCCCGCACCUCUACGCCUUCCCCCCGACGCCGCCGAAGGACGCCUCGCCGGACCCGGGCACCGCCUCGCCGAGGACGGACGAGAAGGAAUCUAUCAAAUAUCACGUGUCGCUGUCGGAGGGCAUGAAGAUGGAGGGUUCGAGCCCGAUGAGAAGCAGCCUGGCCUCCAUGGGAGCUCACAGCGCGGCCGCCCACCACCCGAUACCCACAUAUCCCGCCUACUCGCUGCCGUCGGCCCACGACUACGGCGGCGGUCUCUUCCACCCGGGCAGCCUGCUCGGAGCUUCGGUCGGCUUCAACCCAAAGAACAACAGAAGCAAAAGUCGCUCCUGCACCGAGGGCAGAGAGUGUGUGAACUGCGGCGCCACCUCCACGCCGCUGUGGAGACGCGACAGCACCGGACACUACCUGUGCAACGCCUGCGGGCUCUACCACAAAAUGAACGGCCAGAACCGACCGCUCAUCAAGCCCAAACGCAGACUGUCGGCGGCCAGACGAGCAGGCACCUGUUGCGCCAACUGUCAGACCACCACCACCACGCUCUGGCGACGCAACGCUAACGGAGACCCAGUGUGCAACGCCUGCGGCCUCUAUUACAAACUGCAUAAUGUGAACCGGCCCCUGACCAUGAAAAAAGAGGGAAUACAAACGAGGAACAGGAAAAUGUCCGGCAAGUCCAAAAAGAUGAGGCGGGUCAGCGAGAGCUACGAGGAGUACAGCAAAAGUUUUCACGACAAGAACUCCACCUUCAGCUCCCUGGCGGGACACAUGUCCGUGGGCCACUUGCCGCCCUUCAGCCACGCCGGACACAUGCUGCCCACUCCCACACCGAUACACCCGUCCUUUGGCCACCCGCACCACUCCAGCAUGGUGACGGCCAUGGGGUGAGGGGUCACGGCCACAGACACUUUCUUUGUCCAUUAUGCAAAAAAACGGUAUGGAGCAAACACGGCCAAUCUGUAGGUACCUAACUCCUAAUGGAGGAAGACGGCUUCUACUUCCUGUUCCUGUUGGCCCUGCAUGUACAUGUACACACACGCACGCACACACGAUGACAUCACUGCAGCUGUGGGUUUGACUCCAAUGGACCUGCCAGCAUGACUGCAUGGCGCUGUAACUGUGAAUAUUGUAUGGAAGGGGACAAACUCACAUGAAAAUAUGCUGGAAUUAUUUUCUUCCUCACAGAAAUAAAAAAAAAAAAAAAGCUUUAUGAUUUGUAAUUUGAUAUUGUUCAUUGUAAUUAUUGUUAUUCAAAUAAUUUAUUUUCACCGCUUUGUUCCUGUGACUCUAUCACCUUGAUCAUAAUAUAAAUACUGUCGUCUCGGCUAUGACUAGAUUUUUUGUUGUUGCUAAAAGCGCUUUCUUCUGACCUGCUCGUCAUUUGUACUCAUACCAAAUAAAGAAUCACGAUCACA